AUGGCUCGAACCCUCGGCCUAUCCUUCGAAAAGUGUAACGUGACGGUCAUUGGAGCCAACGCAGUGAAGACGCAAGCAAAGAAGGGAGUCAACCUUACCUUCUCGUCAAGGUACUGUCAGUUCCAAGACAACAUCUCGUGUCUGAUUUCGGACAACCCCACGAGACGGAUCCCGUCGGCGAGAAUCGAGACAGCUGCCUGGCACAUCCCGAGCGACGCGUUCCUGGCAGACCCGAAGUUCAGCGAGCCGCACGAGAUCGACCUGGUCAUGGCGUCGAACUACGUGUGGAACUUGCUGCGAACGGAUCGAGUGAAAUUGGCGAACGGCACCGUGACUCUGCGUGAAACCGAUCUGGGCUGGAUCGUGACUGGCGUGUACGACCCGUUCCAGCAGCUGAGUUGCCAAGUCGUCCACUCGAACAUCACGCUGAAGGAUCAUCUGAACAACGCAAUCGAGAAGUUCUGGCUGGUCGAAGAACUAGCCGACAAGCAGUUGCAAACCAACGAAGAACAGGAAGUGGAAGAGCACUUUCGCGGCACUCACGGCCGCGACAAAAGUGGCCGCUUCGUCGUCCAGUUGCCGUUCAAGGACACGGUUCUUGAGCUGGGCGACAACCGACGCAACCCGGAACUCCGAGAACAGUUCACGGCGUUCGUCGAAGAGUACGAGGCACUGGGUCACUGCAAGGAGAUUUAUGAACAACAAGACCCACCAGAAGUGCCUAAGUACUACCUGCCGCACCACGCUGUGCUCAAACCGUCCAGUUCGUCCACGAAUCUGCGAGUGGUUUUCGACGCCAGCGCCAAGCCCGACAAGUACUCCCUGAACGAUGUGUUGAAGUUGGGACCGACCGUCCAGAACGACCUGUUCUCCAUCGUUCUUCGAUUCCGUAGUCAUCCGGUCGCAUUAACCGCCGACGUGGUGAAGAUAUAUCGGCAGUGA